AUGGAACUCUGGGCACCUGCUCUUUCCUCAAGCAUCAGUCUGGUGUCGCUGAGCCCUUCUGUAAAUUUCCAGGCUGAAGACAAAGCAGAUGUUUUGAACAAGGAACUGCUACUGACAAAGCAGAAAUUGGUGGAGACUGAAGAGGAGAAACGGAAACAGGAAGAAGAAACAGCCCAGCUGAAAGAAAUCUUCAGAAAACAGCUGGAGAAGGCAGAAUCUGAAAUAAAGAAGACCACUGCCAUUAUUGCCGAAUAUAAACAAAUUUGUUCCCAACUGAGCAGCAGGCUGGAGAAACAGCAGUCUGCCAGUAAAGAGGAACUGGAGGUUGUGAAGGGCAAGGUGAUGGCAUGCAAACACUGCAGUGAAAUCUUCAGCAAAGAAGGGACACUGAAAGCCCCAGCUCUGCCUAGAGAAGGCCGAGGGAUGGAAACAGAUGACGAAAAGGAUGCCCUUAAGAAACAGCUGAGGGAGAUGGAGCUGGACCUGGCACAGACCAAACUACAACUUGUGGAAGCCAAAUGCAAAAUACAGGAGCUGGAGCACCAGAGAGGAGCACUUAUGAGUGAAAUCCAAGCAGCCAAAAACUCUUGGUUUAGCAAAACCCUGAACUCUAUCAAAACUGCAACUGGCACACAGCCGACGCCACCCCAGCAGCCACAGCCGCAGCCACCUCCACUGCCAUCCUCGCCAAAAGAGGGGAGCACAUAG